AUGGACAGUUCUGACGAAAAGUACCUUAGGCGAUGUUUAGAACUUGCUCGAGAAGCUCUGGCAGAAAGUGAGGUUCCAGUAGGAUGUGUGGUCGCUUACGAAGGUGUUGUGAUUGGCGAAGGAAGGAACAGAGUGAAUGAAUUUCGUAAUGCGACCAGGCACGCGGAGAUGGUUGCCUUUGACCAUGUUAUAUCGUGGACACACAACAAUGGAAUUUUGCUUGCCGAAGUGCUUCCUCGCUGCACGUUGUAUGCCAAUGUUGAACCCUGCAUUAUGUGUUCCGGGGCGAUCGUGCAGCUGAAUAUCGGCCGAAUCGUGUAUGGUUGCAACAAUGAGCGUUUCGGGGGUUUUGGCACCGUCCUGAAUGUUCCGGAGACGAUGGACAAGAAACUAGCAGUCAAAUCAGGUCUUUUCGUUGACGAAGCCAUUGAACUUCUGAAAAAGUUUUAUGCAGGCGAGAAUCCAAACGCUCCAGAGUCGAAGUGUAAAAGGAAAAAAACAGGUAAUUGA